GCUGACGGUACGGUGGAACGCUACAAAGCCCGCUUGGUUGCAAAAGGCUACAGUCAAGUGGAAGGCGUUGAUUACCGGGAGACUUUUGCCCCGGUUGCCAAAUUGGUGACCGUCCGUAUUCUCCUUAGUGUGGCCUCUCUGCGUGGCUGGCAUCUCCACCAAUUGGAUGUGAACAAUGCGUUUUUGAAUGGCGACCUUGAUGAGGAGGUGUUCAUGUCCUUGCCUCCUGGUUUCGGACGAAAGGGGGAGAAUCGGGUCUGUCAGUUGCACAAGUCGUUGUACGGUUUAAAACAAGCAUCUAGGCAAUGGUUUAUCAAGCUGUCUACUGCCCUCAAAGCCGCGGGAUUCCGACAGUCACGAUCCGACUAUUCUCUGUUCGUCCGAAGUCGUCAAGGUAACUUCCUAGUGUUGCUUGUAUAUGUUGAUGACGUUAUACUGGCAGGGAACAAUUUGGAGGAUAUAGAGAACACGAAAUUAUUCUUGGCCAACCAAUUCAAGCUUAAGGAUUUGGGUCAGUUGAAAUAUUUCCUCGGCAUCGAAGUUGCCAGAUCACGGCAUGGAAUCAGUUUGUCGCAACGUAAGUAUGCCUUGGAAAUUUUGGAUGAUGCUGGAUUUUUAGGUGUCAAACCUUCUCGGUUCCCUGUGGAACAGAAUUUAUCACUCACACAAUUUGAUGGAAAGUUAUUAGAUGAUGCUUCAGCAUAUAGAAGAAUGGUUGGGAGGUUGAUAUAUUUGACCAUAACUAGGCCGGACUUGACUUAUGCUGUACAUGUACUAAGCCAGUUCAUGGAUAAGCCACGGCAACCACAUUUGGAAGCAGCCCAUAAAGUGCUUAAAUACAUUAAGCGAACACCGGGUCAAGGUAUCCUGCUACCAUCUACAGGAUCACUCCAAUUGCGGGCAUUCUGUGAUGCUGAUUGGGCACGUUGUAAAGACACAAGGAGAUCAAUCACGGGAUACUGCAUUUUACUUGGGCAAGCACCGGUCUCUUGGAGGACUAAGAAACAAACAACAGUAUCGCGUUCAAGUGCGGAGGCCGAGUACCGUUCCAUGGCUACUACUUGCUGCGAAGUCACAUG